CCUGAUUCGAGAGUACCGCCACUUCUUUCCCCCGUAUUUCUCAUACAGCGGGAUUCCCCCGAUGCGCGGUGUUGAGCAUUCUAUCCAGCUCGUGCCUGACUAUCGUGUUCACCAUCAGGCACCGUACCGACUAUCGAUCCUAGAGGCGACGGAACUCAAGCGUCAUCUUGAGGAGCUCCUUCGACUGGGUUUCAUUAAACCCAGUAACUCCCCUUGGGGUGCACCUGUCCUCUUUGCUCGCAAAGCGGACGGAACUCUCCGCCUCUGCAUCGACUACCGCGGCCUUAACCGUUACACGGUUAAGAACAGUUAUCCCAUGCCCCGCGCGGAUGAGCUGUUUGACCGUUUGGAAGACAACCGCUUCUUCACGAAGAUCAAUCUUCGUAGCGGUUACCACCAGAUCCGCGUUGCCACAGAGGAUCAACCGAAGACCGCCUUCCGAUCGCGCUUCGGCCACUACGAGUUCACGGUGAUGCCAUUCGGCCUCACCAAUGCCCCUGCCACCUUCCAGACGACGAUGAACAACAUCUUCAGGGACAUCCUUGAAGAAUACAUUCUCGUAUACCUGGACGACAUCUUGGUCUACAGUCGUACCUUAGAAGACCACAUCAGACACCUCCGCGAUGUCCUACAGCGCUUACGCAAGCAUGACUUCUAUGCCAAGCUCAGUAAGUGCCGCUUUGCCCAGCGCAAAGUGAACUUCCUAGAACACCAUGUGUCUGACCAGGGUCUCCACAUGGACGACGCGAAGAUCAGUGCUAUUGCAGAGUGCCCCGUCCCCACAUCUGCCAAGCAGCUUCGCAGUUUCCUAGGCCUCACCAGCUACUAUACUAAUUUUAUCCAGGGAUACGCUAGGUAUUCCUACGUCCUUACCUCUACCCUCCUCCGGAAGAACCCGCCGUGGUUUUGGACACCCCUGUGCGAGGACGCCUUUCGCGCCCUCAAGAAGGCGGUGACCUGUGCGCCGGUUCUUCGCCUUCCCGAUUUUGACUGUCCCUUUAUUGUCACCACCGAUGCGUCAGAUUUUGCAGUAGGAGCUGUCCUUUCUCAGGGCAAGGGAGUGUACCAAUUCACGAACAAGUAUGGUGCCAAUGUCGAUGGCUACAGUCCCAUCUACACCCCAGACGAGUGGUCUGCCACCGGUGACACCUAUGCUGCUGGUACUCAGGGACUUCUUCUGUGGGCAGUCACUCUCGGUGCCCUCCUCCUCGGCGGAGCUCUGCUCAUCUUUAACACUAGCGCUCUGUCCUAAAUGUUGUAUCAAUACUUUCUAAAUUUCAAGUGAUUUUAAAGUUUAAACGACGUACUCUACUUUAUCAUUCAACUUCUUCUAAGCUUUUGACUUUGCGCCAUUUGACUUUGCGCGACGAUCGUGCUGCCGCCGCCGCCGACGUGCUCGUUUCUGAGACAAAGAAUGCGUCUGUGUCAAUGAGAUGAUCUCUCUCGGGAUAACUCCGUCAACCCCCUGAUGUACUCUCACUCAGUGGAUUGAUCCUCUGUGGGUUUUUUUUUUUUUUUUUUUUUUAAUUUAGAAAAACAUCGUUCAAGAAGGCGCAUUAUUGGGACUGGUAAGAGAAUCCCUCAAUACAUAUACAUAGCGAGCCUCCCUCCCUGUGUGAUCAAUGGCUCCAAAUGCAUUGCAGGGGAGCUUCGCCAGCGGGAAAC